UGGUUGGCUCUGGUCGAAAAGUACCUGUAUCGCCUAUAAAAUAUAUAAACAUUUUUUGAACACUACGGACUGCUCUUCUUGUUUGAGGGGGAACAUGCUAAGUUUUAAUGGCAUUCUACGACACUUGGCCGAAGGUAGACCCUCUGAUUAUACUAAUCAUUCUGUGUCUGAUCGUGGUAGUUGACCGCGUUUGGGAGAUGAUAAUUACCAAGAGACAGCAACUGGUGUGCAUGAAUGCGGUGAUGGUGCCGGAGGAGCUACGGGGCGUCAUUCCCCCGGAGAUAUAUUAUCGGGCGCGCAUCUAUGAGCUGCACAAAACGGAGCUGGUGAUCUGGAAGCAUUUUAUUGAUUUGAUCAUCACACUGCUCGAGCUGUGCCUGGGCUUCUAUCCCUUCCUCUGGGGCCUGGCCGCCAUGACGCUGAAGCCACUCACCUCAGCGGAGAUCUGGGUGAGCCUGAUCUUCGUCUUCUAUCUGACCAUCUACAUCUGUCUGCGGUUCCUGCCCGUGCUCAUCUACGACAAGUGUCUGCUGGAGUUGCGCUAUGGCCUAGCGGGCAGAUUUCCGUGGUACCUCUACCUAUGCGUGGGCAUUCUGGCCAUUAUCCUAAGCCAGCUCAUUCUGCUCCCUGUGACGGCGGCCAUCGUGUUUAGCGUUCAGAUACUUGGAUUCUUCUUUUUCCUAUGGUUCUGGCUCUUCUGGGCCGUGUUUACCCUGCUGAUGGUCUUCUUCCUACCCUACUGCUGCAUUCCGUGCAUCGGAAGGCAGGUAGUCCUCCCAGAGGGCACUGCUCUUCACGCGGAGGUGAAGCGCGUCUGCGAUUGGGUUGGCUUCCCCAUGAACCGGGUGUUCAUCAUCCGGACCAGGUCGAUGCAGUACAGCAAUGCCUACUUCUAUGGGAGCUGCUGCCUAAAGAGGAUCGUGAUCUUUGAUACCCUGCUUCUGAACAAAGGAAAGGACCCGAGUGAGCUGGCUCCAUAUGAGGUAGGCCGAGGUCUGACCAACGUCCAGGUGGCGGGCGUGGUGUGCCACGAGCUGGGCCACUGGAAGCACGGCCACUUCUACAAGGCCACGAUAAUAAUGAAGCUGCACUUCUUGAUCACCAUGGCUCUCUUCGGAUUGUUUUUCCAUUGUCCUCAGCUGUACGAGGCGGUGGGCUUUGAAGCCGGACUCUGUCCCAUCAUCGUUGGCUUCAUCAUAGUCCUGAGAUUCGCCCUUACUCCGUACCUCACCCUGGCCAAUGUGCUGAUGCUGUGGAAUCUACGGCGCUUUGAGUACGCUGCCGAUCGCUUUGCCCACCGCAUGGGAUACUCCAUCCAGCUAAGGAUGGCCCUGGUCAAGAUAUAUGCGGAUCACAUGAGCUUCCCGGUGUACGACAAAUGCUACGCCGUGUGGCAUCACACACAUCCCACGAUCCUCGAAAGAUUGGAAUAUCAGCAGAAGCUGGAUGCAAGGGCCAUUCGGGACUUGCAGAGGAACGCUUAG